UGGCGGCACCUAGAGCUGUUUUUUUCUUUUGUCAAACGCUUUAAAUACACAAGAAGAAGAAGCAGUAGCAGGUUGCUAGCCGAGCGCGUUUCCCGAUAGUGAAACCUUAGUGGCUGGAAAACACCGGGAAAGGAUGUCUUCAAGCGAUGAUGGGUAUGUGGUCCGGAUCAGAGGACUUCCCUGGAACUGCUCUCGGGACGAGGUGGCCGGUUUCUUCUCUGACUGUGACAUCGUGGGAGGCGUAGAUGGAGUGUGUCUGACCUUCACCAAAGAGGGCCGUUCCACUGGCGAGGCAUUUAUUGAGCUGAAAACCGGUGAGGAUUACAAGAAUGCUCUUGCCAAGGACCGUAAAUACAUGGGACACCGAUACGUAGAAGUGUUUAAGUCAAAACAUAGUGAAAUGGAAUGGGUGCUGAGACGCAGCGGCCCUCCUCCUGACAGCUGCAAUGGCUGCAUGCUAAAGUUAAGAGGACUGCCCUUUGGCUGUAGCAAGGAAGAGAUUGUCCAGUUCUUUUCAGGGUUCAGAAUCGUGCCAAAUGGGAUAACUCUGCCAGUGGACUACCAGGGGAGGAGCACAGGGGAAGCCUUCGUGCAGUUUGCUUCAAAGGAGAUAGCAGAAAAGGCUCUGGGGAAACACAAGGAAAGAAUAGGGCACAGGUACAUAGAAAUCUUUAAGAGCAGUCGUUGGGAGAUCAAAGCCCACUAUGACCUUCCCCGGCGGGGAACGACCUCCCAGAGACCCGGACCCUACGACAGACCCGUGAUCACAGCCCCGAGGGGAAGCCUGUACGGGCCAGGUCGUAGCGUGGGUCUGAUGGACAACAUGAGGAGUGGAGGCGGUUAUGGGGGAGGUUACAGUGGCUUUGACAGCUACAACGGUCUGAGUGAUUACUGCUAUGGUGACGGCAUGUUUGAUGACCGAAUGAGAGGAGAGAGGGGAGGAAGAGGAAUUGGAGGCCACGGUUAUAGCGGACUAUCUGAUGGUAACUCUGGUUUCCACAGCGGCCAUUUCGUGCACAUGAGGGGUUUACCUUUUCGGGCCAACGAGGGCGACGUUGCAAAAUUCUUUGCUCCUCUGAAUCCGCUGAGGAUCCACAUCGACAUGGCGCCUAACGGGAAGCCAACUGGAGAGGCAGAUGUGGAGUUUCGCUCCCAUGAAGAUGCUGUGGCAGCCAUGUCCAAAGACAAAAAUCACAUGCAGCAUCGCUACAUUGAGCUGUUCCUUAACUCAACAGCCAGUGGGGCAGCUGAGAUGAGCCGCGGCGGAGGCGGUUACUACAGCAGCUCAGGGGGAGGUGGAAGCUCCCGAAGCAGCGGUCUACGCGGUGCAUACUGAUGUCCCCGAACGUUCUUCUGAUCCAUCUUGGAGUUUGUGUGCAUCUUUCCAGACCAGUUUUAAUACUAUAUCAUUUCUAAGCAGGAAAGCUGAUGGAAAAGUCACUUAUUGGCUUCGUCACGAAUGACAUCAUUUAGAGGAGGGCUGAGGUAGUUUCACCCCACAUAGAAGUUUAGUCUGCAGCUCUGUUUUUACACUGUACCUAAGGAUGUAAUACGAAGGACAACACUUGCGCCCUUUGGUAAAAUCUUAGAGCUUUAGUAUCUGCCGAGCAUAUUUGUAUUUGACAGUUUGUUCUUCUUACAUUUUGUAUAUUUGGGUAUUGUAAUACAGUUUAUCACAAAUUAUAAAAGGAUGUAUUUGCGAAGCGUAACGAACGGUACAUUUGGCUUUCAGAAAGAACAUUUACAUUGUUUCGGUGCUGUGGAAAAACAACAACAAAACAAAACAGGAUUUCAUUCCAAAGAUUAUUAGCUUCUUUUUUUUUUUAAUAUAUAACACAAGACGGAAAUACCAUGCUGCAGUGGAAAGGCAGAGCAUAGUGUGGUCAGACUACAAACAUUACAGGAAUAUGCUGUAAAAAUGUUCUUUCUAUUUGAUGUUUUUUAAAGGCUUUCUUUUUUAAUUCUAGUAAUAUUUUCUUUGUUAGACCAGUCUGACACUGAGAAAAAAGAUUUCAAAUCAGCUUUCCUGGUUUAAAAGGUUUCAUAAUUGAGUGUUUUGUUUUUUGUUUUGUUUUUUUUAUUAAAUGUUUUCACAGUUCUUUACAGAAUUUAAAACUUAAGUUCAAUAUGAUGUUCACUCCUAAUGAGUGGAAAUAAAAUAAAAUCUAUAUUUGAGCUGUAAGAUAGCCUAUAAAGCUGUUGUACAUUUGCUUAAUAAAUUUUGUAUUUAAUUGUC